GUACCCUAUUCUGGAUGCUCAAGCAGCGCACACCACAUCCACUACUCAGUGCUGAGGGAAGCUACCACUGUGACGCUGACCUCCGGCGACCAACACAACCACAGAAUGGACAGCAACGAUCAGCACUGUGACGUUGACCUUCGGCAACAACGAAAAACACCACACGUUUCAUGGGAUGAGCCUGAAGUUCUGCAGAAUGUGAAGAGAGUGAGCCCCUGGCAAGUUGAGUAUGUUGUGGCCACACCGCCACUGUAUUCAGCACUUCCCCCUGCAAAGAAAUUGAGAGUCCCUCAGGAUACUGCAUUGCUAUCUGAUGGAGAUGGAGAGCUCUUCUUUCCGAUAACAGGGUUAAGUAACUCAAUGCUGGGGCACUUGAAUCCAUCGCUGAGGAAUUAUUCUUUUCCUGCUGGCAUGCAGGGAGCCAGGCAAGAUCAAAUUUGUGUGUUUGGUUUAUCCAAUCACAUAAGUGAAAAUACCCAUCAACUUUGCACUGAUAAUCUUGUUUACAACGUGACCCCAAAGUUGAAAACUGUCUCUACUGAGCUGAACAUUUGCAGUUCACAGUCAGACAACUUAUCACCUGAUAGUCAGAGUAGUAUACAUUUCUCCAGUGGAGAGGCAAUUGGAAAAAGGGGCUGCAACUCUUCAAGAAAAGUAGGUAUUAGUUCAUUCCAGUUGUUUGGUAAGGUUAUCCAUACGAAUGAGCCUAUUGAAAGCGGUUUCGAUGAUGUUGCUUACACAGAAGACGGAGGCAGUAAGGUGUACAAAGAAAAAGGUGUGAACAACCCUCUAAAUCUUACUUUGACUUACCCUUAUGCAAAACUGUUUGACAGGCUUGAUGUUCAGUGUCCAAGAGCCUCAGCUGUUGAAGCAUGUUCCUUAUGA